AGUCUCGCGUCUCUCUUGCCUCUUUCUUCCAGCAGCAAGAAGCUGCAGAUCUAACGCCGCCGACUCUGCGAGCAAUGGAGACGGGGAGUCUUAGAUCCGAACUAAAGAUCACAUCUUGGACUAUUCUCCUCUUCUUCCUUCUUUUCUUUUCCAGUAUAAGCUCGACAGAAGCUUAUGAUUCACUUGAUCCAAAUGGAAAUAUAACUAUCAAAUGGGACAUCAUGCAGUGGACUCCAGAUGGCUAUGUUGCUGUUGUAACCAUGUACAAUUUUCAACAAUAUCGUCAUAUACAAGCACCAGGAUGGACCUUAGGAUGGAAAUGGGCAAAGAAAGAGGUGAUCUGGUCCAUGGUCGGGGCACAAACCACAGAGCAAGGAGAUUGCUCAAAAUUUAAAGGCAACAUUCCCCAUUGUUGUAAGAGGGAUCCCACAGUGGUAGAUCUACUUCCUGGAACUCCUUAUAAUAUGCAGAUUGCAAAUUGCUGCAAAGGUGGAGUCAUUAAUUCUUGGGUUCAAGAUCCUUCCAAUGCAGCAAGUGCUUUUCAGGUCAGCGUGGGUGUCGCUGGAACUACUAAUAAAACCGUUCGUGUUCCGAAAAACUUCACACUUAAUGCGCCAGGUCCUGGGUAUACUUGUGGGCAAGCAACUAUUGUGAAACCUACUAAAUUUAUCACACAAGAUGGAAGGAGAACAACCCAAGCUCUCAUGACAUGGAACGUUACAUGCACAUACUCACAAUUCCUCUCUCAGAAGACUCCUACAUGCUGCGUCUCCCUUUCAUCUUUCUACAAUGAAACUAUAGUCGACUGCCCGACUUGUGCCUGUGGCUGCCAAAAUAACAUAACUCAACCUGGAAGCUGCGUGGAAGGGGAUUCACCUUACUUGGCUUCUGUUGUGAAUGGACCGGGCAAAAAGAGCUUCACACCUUUGGUACAAUGCACAUCUCAUAUGUGCCCUAUAAGAGUCCAUUGGCAUGUAAAACUCAACUACAAAGAGUACUGGAGGAUUAAGAUCUCAAUAACAAAUUUCAACUAUCGGAUGAAUUAUACGCAGUGGAAUCUUGUUGUUCAGCACCCUAAUCUUGACAAUGUCACCCAAAUAUUUAGCUUCAAUUACAAGUCCUUGACUCCAUAUUCAGCAACCAUAAAUGAUACUGCAAUGCUUUGGGGAGUUAAGUACUACAAUGACCUGCUUAUGGAAGCUGGUCCUCUUGGAAAUGUGCAGUCAGAAAUACUAUUCCGCAAGGAUAUGUCGACUUUCACAUUUGAGAAAGGAUGGGCUUUCCCUCGGCGCAUAUACUUCAAUGGUGAUAACUGCGUUAUGCCACCUCCAGAUGCAUAUCCAUGGCUGCCAAAUGCUAGCCCAAGCCUAAUUGCCUCGUUGAUUCCUCCACUUAUGGUCUUCUGUGCAGUUUUAGCUUACUUGCUGGGUUAUCUCUACUAAAGUGCAAACUGUGAGCUUGUUUAAAGAUUUGAUUGUUUCAACUUUAUAGCAUGCAACAAUGUUCUACGUUCCACAGUACUGGGAGCCUUAUUCAAAUACGUCCUCAUCUUAAUAAUUAGUAAAAAAAGGUUUGAAAAGUGGGAUUGGCUUCUCCAAAAGGUCAGAGAACUUCAGUUCUAGCAUGGGAAGCAGGGUCAGGUUUGUCGUGUCCUAUAUCGAACAAUUAUGCUCCAAUCACAAGCAGUAUAUCAAAGCGGAAUCACUACCUCAUUAAUUUCAAAGAAGUUUUUGUAAUUCAAAUUUUUUCACCUGUCCCAUUGCAGUUCUAGCAUGUUUUUAUCUGUUUUACUUAUUGCGGUAGAAUAAGCUGCAUAAGUCUAUGUAAUAAGGGAAAAUUAUGCUUUCCAUGUUAUUCUGUACCUCAUUCACUUUUGUUAUAUGAAUGCCAAACCUAUUGAUCACCCCCA